AUGGGGUCUCCGAAUGCAACCCAAGGCGAGUUAUUGGCUGGUGGACGAGGUGCUGGACUUGCAAGAGAGCAACUUAAUAACCCGACAAGUGUUCUUUUGACUACCACCAACGAUCUAAUCAUUUGUGACGAGGGAAAUAAGCGUAUUCAACGCUGGUCCCAAAAUGCUAAUUACGGUGAGACUGUUAUCAGCAAUAUUGCUUGUUAUAAAUUAUUUACUGAUCAAAAUGGUGAAAUAUUGUUUUCAACUGACAAAAAUGAAAUAUUCAAAUGGUUUCCUGUUGAGAAUCGAACUGAGUUACUCAUGAAAGCUGCUGGUGGAAAACCACCAAAAACCAAGAGCAAUAUGUUUUUAUCACGAAACGGAAAUCUCUAUGUUGCUGAUACUCCGAAUAAUCGUAUUCUUAAAUACACACCAGGCCUAGAUGACGCAAACGUUAUUGCUGGUGGGCAAGCUUGGGCAAGCUCCGAUCUCGGUCAUUUGAACCAACCUACAUCUGUCAUUGUUGAUAGCAAAGGUACACUUUACAUCAUGGAUGCUGGAAACAAACGAAUUGUUCGUUGGACUGCUGGUGACACCAAAGGUAGUAUCUUAACGAGCAAAAAUUUUGAUGUGCCACGUGUUAUCCAUUUUGAUCGAAACGGCAAUCUAUAUGCUAUGGACGGCAUUUCUGUCACACGAUACGAUAUCGAUACAAGUGCUUGUUGAUCACCACCACGUAUGCUUGGAAUCCUAACUGCAUGA